AUGUUCAGAAUGUGGCAAGUGCUUCUCAACGAGAGUAAAUCUUGCUCAACACCAAAAGGUUCACACGGGAAAAAAGCAAUUUUCUUGCUCAGAAUGUGA